GCCGUCGCCACCCUGUCGCACAACGAGAUCAUGCUGAAACUCAUCAACGGCGGCGCGGACCUAAACUUGGCUCCAGGUGCGCUGGGGUGGACGCCUCUCCACCUCUGCGCGGCCGUGGGGAACGACGACGGUGCCGGCCUGCUGAUCGCGAGAGGUGCAACGACAGUGCAGGAGGACGCCGAGGGGAACACAGCGGAGGACAUCGCGGAGCGCGCGGGCAACAGGAGCGUCCUCGACCGCCUGCGCGCCGCGGCGGAGACCCAGCCGCCAGGGCAGAAUGUCCCGCCGACGCCCGCGCAGCGCCGGAAGCUCGCUCCCCUGGGCGCGGCCCCGGAGCAGGAGCUGCCAGAGGAGGAGGCG